AGUUUUAACCUUAGGCCUUUGCUAAGGUUGACGUCCCGUUGUACGAAUCUACCUUACGCUAAGGUAGCCUUAGUUAAGGUGAAAAUUUAAGGUUAGUCCGACCCAACCUUAGUGUGGCUAAGGCUGACAUUUCGAGUAAAUACAAUAUGGCUACAUUCUUGUUGAUGCAUGAUGAAACUAGAAAAAGUUUGAGAAAACAGCGUGUUUUCCGAGACAGAACCAUCCAACUAGAAACUCUGACUGACUUAGAACUCAUAUCCCGGUAUAGACUCACACGCGAAGCUAUUUUCUGCCUUGUGGACAAAGUUCGCCCAAUGGUCGAAAGACCGACACAGCGUUCCCACGCUAUGACAGUCGAAUCACAAGUCCUCUUAACUUUGAGAUAUCUGGGAAAAGGAGGAUUUCUUUCUGAAAUUGGAGAUUUACAUGGUCUGGACAAAUCCAGUGUUUCUCGGGGCUUCCAUUGCACGGUGAAUGCAAUAUGUACGGUGUUAGACAAUAUUACUUUUCCCUGGAGUCUAGAACAGCAAACUAAAGUUAAACAAGAUUUCUACCGAGUCGGUCAUUUCCCCAAAGUUCUCGGCGCUGUAGACGGAACACUUAUUCCAAUCAAACGACCUUCACCAAACGAGGAAGCCGCCUACGUAUGCCGCAAGGGAUACCAUGCAAUCAAUGUGCAAGCGAUAUGCGACAGUUCUCUCCGUUUUACCAACGUGGUUGCCAAGUGGCCUGGUUCAACUCAUGACUCCCUGAUAUGGAGUAACAGUCAAGUUGGCAUGAAGAUGGAAGAAACUGCACCUGAUGGCUGGCUACGCAGCGAUUCACAGGGUAAAACCAUUUAA